GCAGUGGUUCUCCUUUGCGUCGCUGCGAAGGAUUUUCUGUUCGGAAACAGGCGAAACUACGGAGUCUAAGGACUAAGAGGGAAGCCGAAGGAUCCGGUAUUGGGUUUUUAGGAGCCUUACCCUUCCUCUAUUUCUAUGCCUUCUCCUCCCCGCCUGUGCAACGUGAUGGUAGGGUCCGAGACGGACUGAAUUUGGCGGUUCGUUCAGAGAGGGCGAGCGGCACCGAGUCGCUUUGGUGGGCCUGACGGGGAACUCAAGCAUGUGAGAAAUGGAUAACAAUCAUAUUCAAGUUUAUAAAGAUGAAAUCAGAUCUUUGGAGGAAGAAAUUAAGAUGCUGGCAGAAGAAUACGAAUGUAGUCAACAUGGUUCAAUGGCUUAUUCUGAUGGGGAGAUAAGGAUGGAUAUGAAGUCAUUUAAAGGAAACCUCCAGGAAGAUCUUAAGCACUAUGAAUCAUUUCCAGACUUGGAAGCUCAGCUUGAUUUAUUAGAAUCUGAUCUCGCUUUCAUAAUGAAACUUACAGGCAUUUGCUUCACAUAUUAUUCCAGACAACCUGUGGAGAAAAAUGGAAUUAAAAUUGCACAUAAGUAUAGGUUAUCGGGAAACUGUCAGUCAGUGUCCUUUCAGGUGGAAUUUCAACUUCUGGGAGGAAAUCAGAAUAGCAAAAAUUUUUCAGCCAUUGUUUCUGAUCUUAACAUUAUCAUAGAAUCUGAGGAACAUUCUGAUUUAAGCAGGCUUGUAUCCAGGGUUGAGGAGACUGGGAAUCUCUUGAUGUUCUUCAAAAGUCUCUCUUGUUUCUCCAAGUGGUGUGAACAUCGGAAAAGCACCUUCAACUAUUUCAAGAGCAAGUACCCUGAUGUUGUUGUACUUCCUGAAGGAAUGUCUGGAGAUUACAUGAUCUUAAGAAACACUCAGCUUCCUGGAUUUGAAUUAAUGAUUGUUUGGAAGAUACAUGUGGAGGAAGAAGGAAAAGUUAUACCAGCCUUGGACCUCCUGCACAAAAUACCAAUAUCCGUUGAAAAGGCCAACAAGUUUAUAUCAAAUGCUCCAUACUGCUUUCGAAGCCUACUGCAUGUGCUUGGGAUAGAGGCCUCCAUCGAAACACUGAUCACCUCAAUUUGCAAAGGAAAAUAAGCACCAGUACAUAAGUUAUGAAUCUGUUAUUUUAUUGCAUAUAAACAUUAAGUUAUUUUCCAUUUAGAAACCAUACCCAUAAAACAUGCUAUCUGUACAAUUAUGGCACAAGUAUGGCACAUAUAAUUUUAUAUAUAUAUAUAUAAAAUUAUAUAUUGUCAGACAAAUAAAUAUAGCCAUUUAAAUACAAAAUGCUAAAUAAUAAGAGACAAGUUGAAUGAAUUUCAAAAAUUAACCUUCUGAAUUAAAGUGGUUUUCCCCUUUCUGUAGCAUUUUGUAAAAGUUCUUCAGAUUAACCAGAUAAAUUCAAGUCUAUAAAAAGUGGCAGUUUUAAUUCACAGCUAUAUAUGCAACAGUGAUGUUUAGUCAAUGAUGCUGAAAGGUUUAAUGAAAUAAAGUGUAUGAUACAAAAAAAUUCAAAAAGUAGCAAAAUUACUACUUCCAUAAUGAAGGAUUGAAAGCAAAACCAGAUUUCUCACACCUCUCCCAUAGAAAGAAUUGUGGUACUUUAUGACAGAUUAAA